CUCCAGCAGAGAAGGAGCGAAAAGGCGGGAAAAAGAGGAACCAAAAGAAGGCUGAGGUGGUGCCAGGACCAGGAGGGGAAGGUGGGCGGAAGGAAGAGCGGUCCUCAAGCAGCUGAGCCCCGGGGUGGGCCUAGAGCCUCUGGACGGUAGUGCCCAGCAGGCAGCGCCCAGCAUUACUGCUCCGGCCUCCCAGGGCCUGGGCAGCAGAACAGCAGGCAUGCACAUCCCAGAAAGCCUCCAGGACCUGGCCAACAGUGAAGCCGUGCAGUUUCUCAAGAGGCCAAAGACGAUCGCACGGAGCUUGGCAGGGGUCUUCUCCCUCAUCGUCUUCUCCUCCGUGCUGACUGACGGCUACCAGAACAAGACCAACUCUUCGCAGCUCCAUUGCGUCCUCAACAGCAACAACGCGGGCUGCAGCUUCGCUGUGGGAGCUGGCCUCCUGGCCUUCCUCAGCUGCCUGGCCUUCCUCGCCCUGGACGCCCAUGAGGGCCGCACCACCACCAGCCGCUUCAAGACGGCCUUCCAGCUCCUGGACUUCAUCCUAGCCGCCCUCUGGGCAGGCAUUUGGUUCGUGGGAUUCUGCUUCCUGGCCAACCAGUGGCAGCAUUCGCCGCCCAGACAGUUCCUCCUGGGGAGCAGCAGUGUCAAGGCCGCCAUCACCUUCGCUUUCUUCUCCAUCCUCGUCUGGAUACUCCAGGCCUACCUGGCCCUCCAGGACCUCCGAAAUGAUGCUCCAGUCCCCUACAAGCGCUCCCUGGACGACGGCGGCGUGGUGGUGACCUCUCUCUCCCCGCUGUCCGCCACCAGCCCCGUCAACACGCCCACCACCGGUCCCCACAGCCUGAGCUACACCAGCUCCGCCCUGUCCCCCCAUCUGACCACUCCGAAGGCCCCCCGCCUCACUAUGAUGCCCGACACCUAGACAGCCUCAUCCACACCAGUAAAGAGAGACUCCUCCCUCCAGAAGGGUUUCUGAAAACUGCCCUCUGUCCUUCUCAUAUCUGUUUCUCUCCGGUCCCUCGAGUGCCAUGGGGAGGGGGAAAAUCCUAUGGGGUCUCCUCAGGGGUUUCUGUAGCGGGUCCCACUUCCAAUCCACCUCCUGGACUCUCCCUCUGGGCACCACCUUGAUAGCUAGGGGCGGCGACGGGAGGGAAACCCUUUUUUCAGGCCUGUGACACAGCGAGCCCUUUACUCCUUGCACUGGCCACGGGAGGGAGGCACGAGGUGCCCCACUGUACAGCUGAGGAAGCUCAAGUUCAGAGACAAGAUGCUUCCGCCCGUGGAGAGGGCUCUAAGGAGAACGAGGGCCAACACUGGGACCGGCCCUGUCUCCAGGGCCCACAUCCUUUAACUCACCCCAGCUGACAAGGGACCCACUCAGACCCAUGCGGUGGGAGGAGUGGUUAAAGGAACAGGGGAUGGCAAGUCCAUGACUGAGGUCAGGGGAGAUCCUUGUCUUCAAAUAUUUGAAAGCUUGUCUUAGGGAGCCCCGAAACUAAUCGGAGACUCGUGCUUGGGCCACAAAACGCUCCUGCCUGCAGGGACCCAGCAGGUCACUCCAGUGGGUGAAGUACCCAUGAAGCAAGUGGGGGGGGGCAGGGGCCGAGCCUGGGAAGGGGCAGCCUUCACUCAGCACCCAGCGUUCAGUACCACAGCCCGGGGGUGUCCAGAGCAGCGCUGUCCAGGACUUUCCUAGUGGUCUGGCGGUUAGGACUCCACGCUUCCACUGCAGGGGGCACAGGUUCGAUCCCUGGUUGGGGAACUAAGAUCCCACAUGCCACGAUGCAGCCAAAAAAAAAAAAAAUUAUAGAGCAGCGCUGUCCAAUGGAAACAAAGUGUGAGCCAUGGGGGGGCAGCAUUUAAAAUUACCAGCUGGCCACGUGAAGAAAAGUAGAAUGAAACAAGUGAAAUGAAUUUUCAUAUAUUUUAUUUAACCCAGUAUAUCCAAAAUAUGAUCAUUUCAACAUGUCAUCAGUAUAAAAAAUUACUAGCCAGGUAGCUUACAUCCUACUGCACUAAGUUUUUGAAAUCCUUCGCCUGUUUUACAA